AUGUUUGACCUUUUCAGAAUAUACGAGCAGACGGUGCUUCCCGGUAGUUACGUUCGCCCGUACCUGAUAUUCGUCUAUGCAGAAUGGUGCAUCGCGUGUAGGCAAGCGGAGCCGGCAUGGGUACGGAUAGUGAACGAUUUUCAACCGAUAGGCUUUGGCAUAGCGACGGUGAACAGCAUGAUCGAAGGCACCCUCGCCGAACGUCUGCGGGCACGACGGCUGCCGAUGCUUGUGUCGGUGGUUGAUGGGCGCGUUUUCAGAUCUGACGGGUCGCUGGGAAUCAAGGACGUGCUGCGCUUUGUUCGGACCGUUUUCCCGUCCGGUAUAAUGAUUCUCAUAGAGGACCUGAACGAAUUUCACAAAGUACACGCCGACGCCGUUCGGCGCAACAAAGUGCUGGUGGUGAUUUUCUCCGAUCAAGAGAAGCCGCGGAUGAGGUACUUGGUGUCGGCACUGAACUACAGGCCGUACUGCCAGUUCGCGUUUGUCAACACACAGCUGGCGUACGGAGGCUUGGUCGAGGAGUUCCAACCGGCUGACCGCGCCACCACUGACACGCUGAUGAUAUUCAACGAAGUGAUGACUGUCCCGGCGUUCCGUGUCGAACUGUCUGCAUCUGAGUUUGAGUCUUCAUCGUUCGCUGACGCGAUCCAGGCUCGGAAACUGUUGCUGCUGCCGAGGCUAUCGUCCCAAAAUCACUUCGACAGCGUUUGCCCUCCAAAUGCCAUGACUGGUAUCGCCACUCGCCGUUGGUGCGCCAUCCUUGUGGUCAGCUUGAAGAGCGAUGACGAUUUAUACAUAUCGCAGUAUCGUUUGCACUCCACGCAGCUGUCGUACGGUGGUAGUUCAGGUCUGCCCGCUGUCAGGCCAUGCUACGUAUACCAGGAUGUUCAGACGUCGUUCGUCGACGUACUGUUUUGCAACGGUACCUCUGAGACUGAUGCCCCCGCCUCGAACGACGGGCAGUUCGACCCUCACCAAGGACGCGGUGACAUGUUCCGCACCAUCGUGCUGUUGCUGCGUCUGAACAAAGACACCGCCAAAUAUCUCACUCUGCGUAACGUCUGGAACGGUACCGACGCCGGUGCGGUCAACAGGUCGCUUGCAUUGGUUCGCUUUUACCUCCAGCAGCUGAACGGUGAUGACAGCCAAAUGACAAUGCUAUCCGAAGCGCACUUGCCGACGCUCGUCGACGAGAACGCCCCCACCCUAUACAGAAAGUUGGCUGCCCGGUUCAUGCGCGGUUUGGAGUCGUUCAGCUACCAACUGACCAAAGAAGAGGUGCUUCCGAUCGUCUCCGUCUUGGGCACCCUUGGUGCCAUCUGUCUGAUGGGCUACUUAAUGAACUACGUUUCAAAUGUCAACGACAAUCCGCUGUCCACGCCUCCAAAGUCGAAGUCUUUCAAAAAGGCGGAAGAACUUUCCCGCCUUAUACGGGAGCUUAGAGCCGAGACUUACUUUGGAAUGGUCCGUCUGCUUAAACCUGGAUGCAGAACCAUCGUGCUGCUUUGCGACAAGGAAAGCAAGGACGUUCUUCUACCUCAGUUUGGGCAGAUAAUUUGGCCUUGGCGAAGUGCCAUGAAUGUGAUGUUUAUUGUUCUCUAUCGUUUUGUUAUUAUGAUGCCUGUACAUUUCAGGAAUAAGACGCUUAUGUUUGGCUAUGUUAUGUUGGAGAAGAACCUGUCAUGGUUCCGCAAUCUUCUCGAGUUGACCUUGCCUGAUCCGAACCUAGUGAACAUCAACGCGCGUAACGUGACCGGUACCGUACUGUCGCUGAACGGCUUUCGGCAGUACUUCUGUGUCUACCAUCCAAAGUACGCGUCAAGCAUGGCCGGUUACGGCAAACGUAAGAGCAAAAGCGACCACCUGUACUCGGUCGGCUUCAACAGCGAUUACGGUGACAGUACCGAUGACGAACGACGCGAAAAGCAGCUGCUGCGCGACAUUCAGAAGAAGAAGGUGCUCAGAACCGAUGAGCUACUAGACGGUUUGUCGAACUGGCUCGAUCGACUGUUCGAAGGAUCCGUCAAACGCUUCUACAUUGCACAAUGGCCUUCGAUACGAUAG